AUGGUAACAAUACAAGAAAAGGAGCCAAAAAUUUACCGUGUGUGUAAAAAAAAGCAUUUUGAAGAUACCAAGGUGAAUUUCAAGAAGACAACAGGCACCUGGAUUCAGCAUCAAAUAAAACAGGAGAAAAUAAUUACAUUCUCUAGCAGAAUUGAGAGAAAAUAUGAUGCACAAACUUGUUAUGGACAUAAAGGACAGGCUUCAAGAUGUUUUAGAUUCUGGAGCCACCAGUGGCAUUGUACAAACAAAGAAACAGCUCCAUUGAACAGAUGCGAGGAACACGCUCAGGGACCUCUGGCUGAGUUAAAAACUUCAGGAAGACGAAUAUGUGCUUGUCCUCCUCAAGGCAUCCUUGCCAGAAUAGCAACAAACGUGGUAGCAGUAGCAUUGAUCUGGGCUGUGAUCUGGUCUAUUACAACCAACGAAAGUCUUCCUGGUGGGAGCCUCUUUGGAUUUUUAGUCCUCUAUUUUUUUGCUGUAAUUGGUGGUAAAAUUAUGGGAUUAAUUAAAUUUCCUGGUCUGCCUCCCCUCCCUCCUCUUUUGGGAAUGUUGCUUGUUGGAUUUCUUCUAAGAAAUAUCCCAUGGGUCACUGACAUAGUCCUGAUCAAUGUGAAAUGGGGAGCCAUCCUUAGAAGUAUUGCUCUCGCGAUCAUCUUGGCCCGGGCUGGCCUUGGCCUUGAUCCAAAGACCAUGGAUCCAGUUGUAGAUGCCUUAACCAUAACCUGCGCUGAAAAACUAAAGGCUGUCUGCUUUAGAUUAAGCUUGGGACCCUGCCUAAUAGAAGCAUGUACAGCGGCAGUCAUAUCUCAUUUUCUCAUGCACCUGCCAUGGCAAUGGGGAUUUAUGCUUGGGUUUGUCUUAGGUGCUGUGUCUCCUGCAGUUGUAGUCCCCUCAAUGUUGGUUUUACAAGCAGGGGGAUAUGGUGUUGACAAAGGUGUCCCAACUUUACUAAUGGCUGCAGGAAGUUUUGAUGACAUUCUGGCUAUCACAGGCUUCAACACCUGCUUAGGGAUAGCAUUCGCUUCAGGCUCCACCCUUGCAAAUGUCUUUCGAGGUAUAUUAGAAGUUGCAGUGGGUAUAGCAGCUGGUGGACUUUUGGGAAUUUUUAUUCGUUACUUUCCCAGCAAGGAUCAGACAUAUCUUGUAUGGAAGAGAGCAUUCUUUAUAGGCUUAUCAGUGUUUGCAAUUUUUAGCAGUAUGUAUUUUGAGUUCCCUGGAUCUGGAGGACUGUGCACAAUUGUCUUGGCAUUUCUGGCUGGUUUAUCAUGGUCUGAUGAAAAAAAAGAGGUAGAAAAAAUUAUUAAGGUUGCAUGGGAGAUUUUCCAACCUUUUCUUUUUGGUUUGAUUGGCGCUGAAAUAUCUGUCGCAUCUCUUGAUCCUCAAACAGUUGGAUUUUGCAUUGCCAUACUGGCUGUUGGAUUGAUAGCCCGAGUUACAGCAACGUUUGUAUUGGUCUUUUGUGCUGGUUUUGAGCUGAAAGAGAGAAUAUUUAUUGCAUUGGCUUGGAUUCCCAAAGCUACUGUGCAGGCUGCAAUUGGCUCAGUUGCCUUAGAUACAGCACGGGAGCAGGGAAAUGAACAAUCACAGAAAUAUGGAAUGGAUAUUUUGACAGUUGCUUUCCUGGCAAUCUUAAUCACAGCUCCAAUUGGAGCUCUAAUAAUUGGACUGGCAGGGCCCCUACUUCUCCACAAAACUUCUGAUACCAACAGAGAAAGUCAUAUAUAUGAAGAAAGAGAAGAAAUAGAAAUACAUGGGCCAGCAUAGGGAGAGAUGACGUGCAGCCCACAGAUCACCUGAAUUGAGACUGCUUAUGAAUCAUGUAACAUACCACAAGUAACAUACAGAAGUUUAAAGGCCUAUGAGAUACACUGUAGAUCUUCCAGAUAUAUGUUCAUAUUUUUAAGAUGACAUCGGUUGGAGCUGUUUAGAGCCCAUGUUAGCUAUUAGUGGCUGGUAGCUUUUCUUUUAGUGGUUAACAGUUUAUUAGGUGAAAAGAUUAGUGGCUGAUGAAUUAGAGUAUAAAGUACU